ACUCCAUGGCCAGAGUGAAGAAAUGGCCAACAGCAGCUCCAUCAGCCACUUCCUCCUGCUGCCACUGGCAGACACUCGGCAGCUGCAGCUCCUGCACUUCUGCCUCUUCCUGGGCAUCUCCCUGGCUGCCCUCCUGGGCAACGGCCUCAUCAUCAGCGCCGUAGCCUGCGGCCACCACCUGCACACCCCCAUGUUCUUCUUCCUGCUCAACCUGGCCCUCACUGACCUGGGCUGCAUCUGCACCACUGUGCCCAAAGCCAUGCACAAUUCCCUCUGGGACACCAGGCACAUUUCCUACGCAGGAUGUGCUGCUCAGGUGCUUCUCUUUAUAUUCUUCAUAGGAACAGAGCUUUCCCUCCUGACCAUCAUGUGCUACGACCACUACGUGUCCAUCUGCAAACCCCUGCACUACGGGACCCUCCUGGGCAGCAGAGCUUGUGCCCACAUGGCAGCAGCUGCCUGGGCCAGUGCCUUUCUCAAUGCUCUGCUGCACACAGCCAAUACAUUUUCCAUGCCCGUGUGCUAUGGCCUUGCCCUGGGGCAGUUCUUCUGUGAAAUCCCCCAGAUCCUCAAACUCUCCUGCUCAAAUUCUUACCUCAGGGAACUUGGGCUUCUUGUGUUUUCCAUCUCUUUAGCAUUUGGUUGUUUUGUGUUCAUUGUUUUCUCCUAUGUGCAGAUCUUCAGGGCUGUGCUGAGGAUCCCCUCUGAGCAGGGACGGCACAAAGCCUUUUCCACCUGCCUCCCUCACCUGGCCGUGGUCUCUCUGUUCCUCAGCACUGGCACAUUUUCCUACCUAAAGCCCCCCUCUAUCUCAUCUCCAUCCCUGGAUCUGUCCCUGUCAGUUCUGUACUCAGUGGUGCCUCCAGUGCUGAACCCCCUCAUCUACAGCCUGAGGUACCAGGAGCUCAAGGAUGCUCUGAGAGAAUUGAUGACUCUACAUUUUCAAAAGCAUUGA